AUGAACGAGCCUUUCUACAUGAAGUUUGUGCGAAGAAGCCAAGAAAAAAAAAGAGCGCGUGAGAAGAUGCUGGCAAGCAACAUAUCCGCCACCCUCAAGUCCAGCAUAGGAUAUUUGAUCCUGCUCCGCAUGGGGUGGUGCACAGACGGAGGCCUGGGGAAAAACAAAGACGGAAAAGUCUCCAUUAGCGGCCUAAUUAAGACCAAGCGGAGGGGAAAGUGCCCGUACCAGUUGAACCAAAAGGACGCGGAGGAGGAGUACAAAGCGCUUCUUAAAGAAGCGGGCAGCAGCGGGCAUAAAUAA